CUCUUGUAACAGUGUUGAUGAUUCCCACGAGACUUGCUGCAAGCACCGUACAUCUAGUCGUUCAUCCUGUAUACAGCACUUCUUGGAGACAAGUUCGCCAUAUCCUUCCGCCAUGGCAUUUGUCAAGCCCGAUUUUGGGGACGCUCUGCCUCUAGUAGCGUCUGGCAAAGUCCGCGAACUUUACGAUGUUGACUCGAAAUCUUUACUAUUCGUGGCUUCGGACCGAAUAUCUGCUUACGACGUGAUCAUGCAAAAUGGCGUCCCAGACAAAGGGCUGGUUUUGACACUCAUAACUGCGCACUGGUUCCAGUACCUGCAAAAGCAAAUCCCAGACCUGAAAACACAUUUCCUAUCCCUCGACUUGCCGUCCGCCGUACCGCAGGACCAAAAGUCUGGCCUCAAGGGCCGGAGCAUGCUUGUGCGCAAGCUCAAGGUAUUCCCAGUCGAAGCCAUCGUCAGAGGAUACAUUACGGGCUCAGCGUGGUCUUCAUACAAGAAAACUGGUGAGGUGAAUGGAAAGAAGAUGCCUGAAGGGCUAGAAGAGUCACAAGAGUUGCCUGAGCCGAUAUAUACACCUAGCACAAAAGCAGAACUUGGUCAGCACGACGAGAACAUCUCCACAGAGCAAGCGGCAAAGCUUGUGGGAGAGAAGUAUGCGAAGCGCAUUGAGGACCUUUCCCUCCAAGUCUACAAGACUGCAAGGGAUUAUGCCAAAGAGAAAGGGAUCAUCAUUGCGGAUACCAAAUUCGAGUUCGGACUGGACGAGGAGACAGACGAGGUUGUGCUUGUAGACGAAGUCCUGACCCCGGACAGCUCAAGAUUCUGGGCCAAGUCAACGUACAAGGUUGGUCAAGGUCAGGACAGUUUUGACAAGCAGUUCCUUCGAGACUGGUUAACAAAGAAUGGGCUGAAAGGCAAGGAGGGCGUGUCGAUGCCAGAAGACGUGGUCGAGGCUACUCGCGCCAAAUACCUUGAAGCGUUCAAGAUCCUGACUGGCAAGUCCCUGCAGGAUACAUUGCAAGAGCUCAAAUAGAAAACAUAUUGCAUCUGUCGUUGCAGUCCCAGUAUCCGUCGCUCAAUUUGCUC